AUGUCUGCAUCGGCCAGCCCAAGUCCGGCGGAAACCACAGUGACCGCACCCAUCACCUUCAAACAGAGAGGGCGACGGGCAAAGGAGAGCUUCAGGAAACGGCCGGCGAGCUCAACAAUAGCGCCAGCGCGUGACAAUCCAGAUGGUUCCUCGUCUUCAAGCGACGAGCAUGACACGUUAGAAGGACCCCGGAUCAAGCGCGGUAAGAAGGGCAUCGUUUCGACCUCAACAAAUGUCAAGACCACCCCGAGUGAAGGUCACGGGCCUACAGCCUUCCGAGCAAACCGUGACAUCCCACUAUCAGACACAAACGAUGCAACGAAGCGAAAAGACUGGUAUGACCAGCCCACGGCAAAGGGUCCAGCUCGUGCCGCAUCCAACGUGCGCAUCACCACAACCACCGACUUUGCUCGCGAUGUGUGCAAAGACUACGCGAAAACGGGCUGGUGUGGCUUUGGAGAUUCUUGCGUGUUCCUUCAUGAUCGAAGCGACACGCAACAAGGCUGGCAGCUUGACAGGGAGUGGGAGGUGCACAACAAAAAGAAGCUCCCUAGCAACACCAACAAGGGUGAGGAUAACGGGAAUGCAGACGACGACACGACACUGGAUAAAAUUCCCCUUUCCUGUCCCAUCUGCGAGGGGCCUUACAAGCGCCCUAUCGUAACCCAGUGUGGCCACUACUUUUGCGAAGCUUGUGCGCUUCAGAGAUACAGAAAGGAUCCAACCUGCAGGAGCUGUGGAGUCGCAACCAUGGGUGUAUUUAAUGCAGCAUCCAAAUUGGAACGGCUGAUGCGCCGGAAGAGGGAACGCGAGGAGGAAGCAACGGACAGGAGCUAG